AUGCCAGAACCAGCACAGAAUCCCCCUGGCUAUCGGGUGGAAAUUGCGAAACAUCCGAUCCCUCCAAACAAACUAAUUUGGCUCGACACCCAGUUUAUAACCCUUGAAUAUGUUAUCGGAGUCGAAUGUCUCAAUAGCAUCGCAGGUGUCGACCCUUUCACAGACAUGGUGGUAGUAGUGACGACAGAGACCUCGCCGGAGGAAUUCGAUGAACUGGCGCCCCCAACUACUCAUGAAACAUCAUUUCCCGUGUCAGGUGAAGAGGCGAUGGAAGACGGACUUAGGAGAAUCUCACUGUUGGCUCCGAUUAAAUAUACAACACCGGGGAUAGUCAAAACUUCGGUUGUCCUUUUUCGAAAAGUUACAGAUGAAUCGGGUCGUUUGAGGUUGGAACGAGUAAGCAAUGUCGCAUCUGGGCCAACAGUGAGAGCAAUUAAGAAUUGA